AUGACCAUGGUAUCCUCAUCCUCUCAACCCUUGAAACCAGAUUUCUAUCUGAUUUCUGGUGAGGAUGCCAUCUAUGAGCAAGAUAUUCUCCGCAAUCCCGGGAGCAUUCGACCGUGGCUCACCUACAUCGACUACAAAGUGCGCAAUGGAACGAUACAUGAGCAAGCAUUCGUUCAAGAGAGGGCGUGCAUACGGCUCCCAAGGUCAUACAAACUAUGGAAAAUGUAUCUCGAAUUUCGGGUUAAACACCUGAAAAAGAAAAACCCUGUCAAAUACAGAGCGGAGUUCACGAAGGUCAAUGCUCUCUUUGAGCGGGCGCUUGUUCUUUUGAACAAGAUGCCCGUCAUCUGGGAGAUGUACCUCGUUUUCCUGCUCCGACAGCCAUAUGUCACCAAGACUCGGAGAACUUUCGACCGAUCUUUACGGGCUCUCCCCAUCACGCAACACAAUCGAAUAUGGAAGCUGUACAAGUCCUUUGCCAACUCUGCAUCUGGGGAGACGGCCGUAAAGAUUUGGGCUCGAUAUAUUCAGGCGCACCCGGAAGAUGUGGAAGAUUAUAUUGAUUUGUUGGUUGAAAAUGGCCACUAUCUGGAGGCUGUUAAGCACUAUAUUCGGAUUUUGGACAACCCCAAGUUCAAAUCAAAACACAUCAAGAGUGAAUUCCAACUUUGGAGUGAAAUGGUCGACUUGAUGGUUAGCAAAGCAAGAGAACUUGGCGAUAGUUCGGUUUCUUCUUUCGACGCCGACACCAUCAUUCGAAGUGGGAUCGAAAGGUUUGCAGAUCAACGAGGCAAGCUUUGGGCAGGGCUCGCUACCUACUGGAUCACACGAGGUGAUUUUGAAAGGGCACGAGACGUGUUUGAGGAAGGUAUCACCACCGUCAUGACGGUGCGCGACUUCACAAUGGCUUUCGAUACUUAUGUCGAGUUCGAAGAAUCCAUACUCUCAACACUCAUGGAUGCGGCCUCUGCUCGUGCAUCCAAGGGCUUGGUGGAUGCAGAGAAAGACUACGAUGUCGACAUGCGCAUGAUGCGCUUCGAGCAUUUGAUGGAUCGAAGACCUUUCUUGGUCAAUGAUGUACUAUUACGGCAGAACCCGAACAAUGUUGUGGAAUGGGAGAAGCGCGUGGCACUGUGGAGCGACAACAAAGAAGAAGUCGUUCAAACAUACACUGAUGCGAUCGCCGCAAUCGCACCAAAAAAGGCCAUCGGAAAAUUUCAUGAAUUAUGGCUCAACUAUGCAAAAUUCUACGAAGAAGCAGGUGACCUAGAAACUGCGCGGAUCAUCCUCGACAAGUCAGUCAAAGUGCCCUACAAGUCAGUAGCGGAGCUGGCUGAGACUUGGGUUGGAUGGGCAGAAUUAGAACUUCGAAAUGACAACUUUGAUGGGGCUAUGAAAGUCAUGGCGAAGGCGGUGCAAGCACCCAAGCGAAGUACGGUCGAAUAUUUUGAUGAAAGCCUUUCACCACAGCAAAGAGUACACAAAUCCUGGAAAGUUUGGUCAUUCUAUAUCGACCUCGUCGAAUCCGUCGGCACCCUGGAUGAAGCACGUGCAGCUUAUGAUCGUGUCUUGGAGCUUCGCAUUGCCACACCGAACACCAUCGUCAACUAUGCAAAUCUCCUUGAGGAGGCUGGAUAUCACGAGGAAUCGUUCAAGGUCUACGAACGAGGACUCGAUGUUUUCAGCUACCCUGUUGCAUUCGAAUUGUGGAAUCUCUACUUGACCAAAGCUGUCAAUCGUAAGAUCGGGAUCGAACGACUCCGUGACUUGUUCGAGCAAGCCGUGGAAAAUUGUCCUCCCGAAUUCGCCAAAGCCAUUUUCCUUAUGUACGGCGACCUAGAAGAAGAACGUGGUCUCGCUCGAUCCGCCAUGCGGGUGUAUGAACGUGCAACCCGUGCUGUGGCGGAUGGCGAUCGACUCGACAUGUUCGACUUCUACAUCACCAAAUCAGCCUCCAAUUUCGGGCUGACUUCAACACGACCAAUCUACGAGCGUGCCAUUGCCGCACUCCCAGACGCUGAAGCCAAAAUUAUGUGCCUCAAGUUUGCAGAGAUGGAGCGGAGACUGGGCGAAAUCGACCGCGCAAGAGCUAUCUACGGCCACGCCAGUCAAUUCGCUGACCCGCGCGUGGACAGCCCAUUCUGGGACACAUGGGAGAAAUUCGAAGUUGCUCACGGCAACGAAGAUACAUUCAAGGAAAUGCUCCGCAUCAAGAGAAGUGUGGCCGCCAAGUUCAAUACCGAUGUCAAUUAUAUUGCCAGCCAGGCCGUCAAGAGAGGUCAGGCCGCAGCGAGUUCUACGGUCGACUUGGACGGCCAAGACGGCCAAAAUGGAAUUGCUGGUGAUGCGAUGGCGGCAUUAGAAAGACAAGCUCGUGCACCUGUCGGAUUCGUGGCUGCUAGUAGCGGGCCUGAAGGUGGAAAUCGACCUCCUCCUUCCGAGUCGCAGCAAGCCGAAAAGCCUGCUCCUACCACCGUAGCAGCCAACCCCGAUGCCAUCGAUGUGGAUAUUGACGAUGAGGACGACGAUUGA